CGCCGUCCUUUCGGCCGUGAGAGGGGGCGGCGACAGGCGAGGAAGGAAGGGAGCGGGCCUUUUCAAAGCCGCUCGUGGUGUGUCUCCCCGCCGAGGAGAGGGGCGGCGAGGCUAUGAGCGGUGCUACCCGGGUGCCGGCGCAGGCCUUCCGCUUGCCCGGCCGUCAUGGCUACGCGGUGGAGUUCUCGCCUUACUUUCCCGGGCGCUUGGCCUGCGCGGCCUCGCAGUACUACGGCAUCGCAGGUUGUGGAACUCUGGCAGUCCUGGAACAAAAUGAAACUGGACUUCAUCUCUUCAGGAGUUUUGACUGGAACGACGGACUGUUCGAUGUGACGUGGAGUGAGAACAAUGAACACGUGCUGGUCACUUCCAGUGGAGAUGGCUCUUUACAAAUGUGGGACACAGAAAACACCACAGGUCCACUGCAGGUUUAUAAAGAACAUAGUCAGGAGUAUUUACAGGUCUACAGUGUUGAUUGGAGCCAGACUCGAGGAGAACAGCUAAUUGUAUCUGGGUCAUGGGAUCAAACAGUGAAGUUGUGGGAUCCUGCAGUGGGACAAUCACUAUGUACUUUUAAAGGCCACGAAGGUGUAAUUUAUAGCACGAUAUGGUCUCCGCACAUCCCAAGUUGCUUUGCUUCUGCCUCAGGUGAUCAGACUUUAAGAAUCUGGGAUGCAAAGUCACCAAGACUCCCAGUGAUAAUUCCUGCUCACCAGGCUGAGAUUUUAAGUUGUGACUGGUGCAAGUAUGAUCAGAACUUGCUUGUAACGGGUGCUGUUGACUGCAGUUUGAAAGGUUGGGAUUUGAGAAACAUCCGACAGCCAGUCUUCAACCUCUUGGGACAUACAUAUGCCAUAAGGAGAGUAAAAUUUUCGCCAUUCCAUGCUACUAUAUUGGCUUCCUGUUCGUAUGAUUUUACUGCGAGAUUCUGGGAUUUCUCCAAGGCUGACCCUUUGCUUGAGACUGUGGAGCAUCAUACAGAGUUUACUUGUGGUUUGGAUUUAAGCUUACAUCACCUGGGUCAGGUAGCCGACUGUGCUUGGGAUGAAACAGUGAAGAUUUAUAGUCCUUCCUCACUGGCAGCUGCUGCAUAGAAACAUAGAAAGAUGUAUCUAUGGAAGACAGAUGACAUGGAAGAUUCCCAGGGAAGAGAAGAAUGAAGUACUCUUGCCUUGCUGACUGCCUUAUGUCUUACAAUGGGAUAGGAUGUUUUAAAUUAAGACAACUAUUAAGAGAUACGGUCACGUGAUUCUCCACAAAAACUGUGUUGGGCCAGCGAAAUAAAAACAUGGGGAAGGUAGAAACAAGCAUAGAUCUAUAUGGAGUAUAGCAGCCAUUCUCAACUUUCUGCCCUCCCAACAUCUGGACGGCAUCAUUUGGAGAAGUCUGCAGUAUAGGGCACAUGGCAAGCAGGUGUGUAAGUACUAGGUGGCUGGAACUGUGUCCAAUGUCUAGAAAAUGAAAAAAAUGCAAAUUGCAUUGUAAUUUGAUAAUUUUCCAUUGUUCAAAUGUAGAAUAUAUUAUAUAACAAAAUGGUAUCAAUCCGAUGUGUUUAGCAUUCAAUUGAUUUCAUUCUAUUUAAUGUUGUACUAUAAUAUGGUAUAUACUGUUGUUAGACUGCUGAUGACAUAUAGUUAUUAAACUCAUUUUUGUCUUA